AUGUCUUGGCCGCCGGUUGGCUGUGUCCGUGCCUCGACUGACCAACCGAUUCAACGGACAUCAGGCUCACACGUCAGUCAAGAGAGUCGGAGAAGUGCAAGGCGGUCCGACCUUCUUUGCUUUUCCGUUUUCUCCCUAAGCAACAGACUAGCCAUCCAACUACAAUCACCAGGUCCGGUGGUGGCAGUUCAAAGGAGUUAUACCGUUAGCUCUCUCCUAAUUUUUUUUUUUUUUUUUGCUUCUUCCUUUUCUCUCUUCUCUCUAUCAACAUUCAUUUCACUUGUCUGCAUCGACUCGGGCGUACCUGACGGGUCACUACACAAAAUAAGGAGGUGGCGGGGUAGUGGUGAGAGUAGGCUCAUAGUCUAUCUGCGAGAGUGGGAGGAGGUGCUUUCUGCUAAAGCUGACUUUCGGCUCCUCCUUCCCCGUCUUCCUCUUGCCACACCUUCACUCCUUACUCACCUUAUUUUUCUACUUUUUCUUUCUUUUCCCCUUCUUUAUUCGACCACCUCUUACUUCAUCUCUUUCUCCACCCCCCUGACUCUACAAGCUUUUUAUCCCUCUCCUUUUUAUGCGAGCCAGAAUUUUUUAGUUUACGACUAUUACAAUUCCCCCUUUCUCUUUCUUGUCUCUUCGUCCGUCCAUCAAUUCAUCCUUUCUUCGUUCUUUCCCUUCCCAAUAGAGGAUAUGACCAGCACGGGUGCCAGUAUAGCAUCCGAUUCAGAGGAGAGUUGUACUGAUCAGUACGAACCGAUUCGCAAAUUAGCUAUGGUGCAACUCCAACCACCUCGAAACCCGAACAAACCCUUUACGGCCUUCAGCAUCAAGGAUAUCCUUGGACAUCGACAUACUAGCAGCAGCCGUGACAGCAAUGGAGAUCGUGGAUCUGGACAUACUGGAUCCGGUGGGUUCGAACCCACUACCGGCAGUGUCGUAGUGGUCAGCGUAACUGACGAUGACGACGAGACAAGUAGUGGACGUACGGCUACAAUCAGCCCGCCCGCACCUGUCAUCACAAAAAACAUAGACGCUGACGAGGAAAUUAAUGUCGAUGAUGACACUCCAAUCCCGUCCAUUGUGAAGACAGUGUCACCGCUGGACGCAUUAAUGGAAAUGGCUAAUAAGACGUUUGAAGGCCUUGAAACGUCUGAUGCUGUCGAAAAUGAGAAUUUAAAGGCAUCUCAUCUUUCUUUCUUUCUUUCUUUCUUUCUUUCUUUCUUUCUUUCUCUUGUUCUUUCUUUUUUUCUUCUUUCUUUCUUUCUUUCUUUUUUAUUAUGUAUGCUUUCUUUUUCUCACUGA